AUGCCCAUGCUGGGUGGAAAGUGGCUUCCUUGGAUGCUUCUCCGGGUACGAAACCGCUUCUACCCCGGCAUGACCCUCGAGGCGCAAGCAGCCGUCAUCUCCCAGCUGAAGCCACACACUAAGAACUCCUUCCUCGAGCCCGCUAUCUUCGAGCCCUGGCACGAGAUGCUAUCUAGGUACCUCUUCUGUGAAUAG